AUGUCUUUUGCUAAUGCUAUCUUCCCUAGCAUGCCUCCUGCGACAUUGUCAGACUCCCCAACCAAGCUAUCUGACUUCGCAAGUCAAUGGACCAACACCAUCAAGCACACUCGAGCUCACACACUCAUGACUCCUCCUCAUGACAGUGACAAGUACAACAUGAAGCACUGGCUGGAACAUUGGACUGGUGCUUGGGCCAACAUAGACUCCUUAGCCAAGGAGGCUAGCUCUGAACAGCUGGAGAUUCCGAGUACCAAUGAGAUGGUCACUAAACUGCUCAGGGAGGCCAUGAAGAGUGAGGAUGUCUCUCAACUAGUUGAUGAUGUUUCUAUGGGCAACUCCACAGCUGGUGUGAGUGGAUCCUGGGUUCAGUCCCAUCGAGGAGGAUCUGCACUUCCCAAGGGGAAGAAUAAGUCAAAGGAAGUCUUCGAUGGGGUCGAGAUCCUUACCACUAACUGGUCUCUUCUGCUGCCACCUAAGCCCUCUCAACCCACAACAGCAGCCAAGAUGCCUCCCUGUGUUUUCCACAAGGUCAAUGACACCAUCAAGACACCAGUUGUCUCUGCUUUGACCUUGGCACUGCUAGAGGGACUGUUGCAGGAAGAGAACCUGCCACCACAAGGCUUAUGGGGCAGUCCUUUGCCACCUGGGUGA